UCCUGUCCUUUCGAGAGCGGCUCCCGGAAGUGCCUGCGGGCCAAUUGGCGCAUGCGGAGGCUGGGAGAAUUGAGGGUUCCAGUGCUAGUUGCUGCUUUCGGCCUGAAAGAUGCCGGGUUUGGCGGCCGCCAGCCCGUCCCCGCCUGAGACGCAGGAGAAGAAGCCGCUGAAGCCGUGCUGCGCCUGCCCGGAGACCAAGAAAGCACGCGAUGCGUGCAUCAUUGAGAAAGGAGAAGAGCACUGUGGACACCUAAUUGAGGCCCACAAGGAGUGCAUGAGAGCCCUGGGAUUUAAGAUAUGAAAUGGUGGUCUGCUCUGUGAAUGAAUAACUCCUGAAGAAUGAAGAUGGUUUAAUAAUUUUGGGCAUUCUUUGAUGAACUUUGGUAAAUGGAAAAAAGUAUAUAUAAUUUAUUAAAAAAAUAUAUAUCCUUGGUCAAAAA